AUGGCACAAAUCAAACAACCCGUCGGACCUGAAACAACAAACUGGACGCUAAACAGUCAGGUUUCAGGAGUGGCCAUUCAACUGAGACUGCGCUUCUCUCGGUCACUGAAGCCCUGCGAAUUGCAAAAGCCCAUUCCAAAUCAUCAGUCCUCAUUCUGCUGGAUCUAUCUGCCGCGUUUGACACUGUCAAUCAUCAGAUACUCCUCUCCACUCUCAUCACUGGGCAUCGCUGGAAUUCCACUUCGCUGGUUUGAAUCCUAUCUCACUGAUGAUCCAACGGUAGCUGCAAGGAUCUCAGGUUGCCUGUCAGACAUCUCGGCAUGGAUGAAAGAACAUCACCUCCAGCUCAACCUGGCAAAGACUGAGCUUCUUGUCUUUCCUGCCGCUCCAACUCUACAGCAUGACAUCACGAUCCAGUUAGGUUCAUCAACAAUUACCCCAUCAACUUCGGUCAGAAAUCUUGGUGUAAUCUUUGAUGACCAGCUGACCUUCAAAGACCACAUUGCAAAGACUGCUCGAUCUUGCAGGUUUGCACUACACAACAUCAGAAAGAUCAGGCCCUUUCUGACGGAGCAUGCUGCACAACUUCUUGUCCAGGCCCUUGUCAUUUCUAGGCUGGACUACUGCAAUGCUCUUCUGGCUGGACUUCCAUCAAACACAGUCAAACCUCUACAAAUGAUUCAGAAUGCGGCGGCACGACUGGUCUUCAAGGAACCCAAAAGAGCCCAUGUUACACCUCUCUUUAUCUCAUUGCAUUGGCUACCAAUCGCAGCUCGCAUCAAGUUCAAGACACUGAUGCUUGCUCAUAGAACAACCACAGGCUCAGCACCCGCCUACAUGCACUCACUAUUAAGAAUCUACAUCCCCUCCAGAAGUCUGAGAUCUGCUAGUGAGCGACGCCUCGUGGUACCAUCACAAAGAGGCUCAAAAUCACUCUCCAGAACAUUCUCGCUCACCAUUCCUGGCUGGUGGAAUGAUCUUCCCACCCAUAUUCGGAGUACUGGAUCCCUGUCAAUCUUCAAGCAACAGCUGAAAACUCAUCUCUUUCGACACUACUUGACUUCAACCUACACAUAAAAAAAAAAAAAAAAAAAAUCUUUCUCCUUACUUAUUCCUUCCCUUGCUAGCUUGUACUUAUUUAAACAAUGCCUGAGACUUGGUGUUACAAGCACUUCCUUUGUCGAAUUGCCUCUUCAAGAUGAAUCGCUUCAUGUGUUCCCCAAAUUGUAAGUCGCUUUGGAUAAAAGCGUCUGCAAAAUGACUAAAUGUAAAUGUAAAUGUAAAAUGGAAGAAGCUAAACAUGACUGUCAAUCUCCCUCGGACUGGGGCUCCAUGCAAGAUCUCACCUCGUGGGGUCUCAAUGAUCCUAAGAAAGGUGAGAAAUCAGCCCAGAACUACAUGGGAGGAGCUGGUCAAUGACCUGAAAAGAGCUGGGACCACCAUUUCCAAGGUUACUGUUGGUAAUACACUAAGACGUCAUGGUUUGAAAUCAUGCAUGGCACGGAAGGUUCCCCUGCUUAAACCAGCACAUGUCCAGGCCCGACUUAAGUUUGCCAAUGACCAUUUGGAUGAUCCAGAGGAGUCAUGGGAGAAAGUCAUGUGGUCAGAUGAGACCAAAAUAGAACUUUUUGGUCAUAAUUCCACUAAACGUGUUUGGAGGAAGAAGAACGAUGAGUACCAUCCCAAGAACACCAUCCCUACUGUGAAGCAUGGGGGUGGUAGCAUCAUGCUUUGGGGGUGUUUUUCUGCACAUGGGACAAGGCGACUGCACUGUAUUAAGGAGAGGAUGACCGGGGCCAUGUAUUGCGAGAUUUUGGGGAACAACCUCCUUCCCUCAGUUAGAGCAUUGAAGAUGGGUCGAGGCUGGGUCUUCCAACAUGACAAUGACCCGAAGCACACAGCCAGGAUAACCAAGGAGUGGCUCUGUAAGAAGCAUAUCAAGGUUCUGGCGUGGCCUAGCCAGUCUCCAGACCUAAACCCAAUAGAGAAUCUUUGGAGGGAGCUCAAACUCCGUGUUUCUCAGCGACAGGCCAGAAUCCUGACUGAUCUAGAGAAGAUCUGUGUGGAGGAGUGGGCCAAAAUCCCUCCUGCAGUGUGUGCAAACCUGGUGAAAAACUACAGGAAACGUUUGACCUCUGUAAUUGCAAACAAAGGCUACUGUACCAAAUAUUAACAUUGAUUUUCUCAGGUGUUCAAAUACUUAUUUGCAGCUGUAUCAUACAAAUAAAUAGUUAAA